AUGCAUCUCCCGCGCUCGCUCAUCUCCAAGCUCUAUCUGCACCUGCAGAACACGCGCCAUCCGCUGUCGCCGCCCGUUCUUGUCCUGGUCGCCCUCGAGCCCGACGCUCUCUGUGCCUGCCGCAUCCUCACGCGUCUGUUCAAGCAUGACUACAUCCCCCACAAGAUCCAGCCCGUUGCUGGGUAUGCCGACCUCGAGCGCGUGGGGAGGGAGCUGGUGAGCCCCAUGAUGGAGACGCGUGGCGGCGCCGGCGGCGUUGUCGUGUGUCUGGGUGUGGGUGGCAUGGCCGACCUGGGCACUAUCCUGGGGCUCGAGCCCGAGGGCGACGACAACACCUUCGCCGGAGUCGAAGUCUGGGUCGCCGAUUCCCACCGUCCGUGGAACCUUGGCAACGUCUUUGGCGGAUUCCCCCUCGAGCCCGAGACCGAAGAGGCCACCACCUUUGCGACCCGCUCUCCGCCCGGUGUUAAGGGUGGCCGCAUUGACGGCACCUACAAGCCUGGGAAAGGCGGGAUAAUGGUGUUGGACGACGGUGAUAUUGAGGACGAGUUAUCCAAGGAGAAAGACGCGUAUCUCGCCUUGGUCGACAUGCCUGAGGUCGAGGACGACGGGGAGGAUCUAGGCGAAAGUGAAGACGACAGCGAUAACGACGACGAUAUCAUAGAUGCGACGCCGCGAGCAGGCCAGAAGCGCAAGUCCUGGUCAGACCUGGACGACGAGGAUAGCGAGGACGACGACCGGCCCACUCAACGGAGGCGGAGUAACUCGUCGAGCCCCCUACCAGACUCUCCCCGGCGUCCCCAACAGCGCGGUCUCCAGAUCCUGAGAGACGACGCCGUCUUUUCUUCCAGCGACCCAGCAGACCCUCCAACUGCAGCCCAGCCGCCGAGGAUAUCAGCCAAGACGCUGAGGCGCAGGCUCUUGCGGCUACGGCGCAAGAACGAGGAUAUCCUACGAAGCUACUAUAGGCUGGGCACUUCGUACUCGGAGCCCAUCUCUUCAAUGAUGUACUCCCUCGCAUCAGAACUCGGCCGGGAAGACAACGAUCUUCUCUGGCUGACAAUCAUUGGCGUCACUUCCAUGGAACUGUACGGCCGCUCGUCCGCAGGUGUUGCCGUGACGGUCCGGAGCUCAGAUUUCCGGCCUACCUCUGGUUGGCUCGGGUUGCGAGGCGCGAGGAUACGUCAACUCUUACGAGACGAGGUCCGGCGAUUGAACCCCCCGGACAUCGGCGGGAAGGUCUUGCCAGAAGCCACGGGCAUCAUUCCCACGACGGCACGUAGCCCUGAAGACACGAGCAUUCGUCUGUCUCCAGAGCCCAAGUUCCUCCUCAUCAGACACUGGAGUCUCUACGACAGCAUGCUUCACUCGCCGUACCUCUUUUCUCGGCUCAAAACCUGGAGCGAGACGGGCCUGAAGCGCUUGCACAAGCUGCUGGCCAAGAUGGGCGUCAGUCUGGUCCAGUGCAAGCAGAGUUACGCCCACAUGGACAUGGUGUUGAAGCGGGAGCUCCGCACAAAGCUUCUCAAGUAUGCAUCGCUGUAUAACCUUGACGAGCUGGUACCCACAAUAGACACCGAUGGCAAAGACCGCGGCGGCGCUAAAGAUGGCUGGGGAUUCGUCCGCAGCUGGGGGUGGCGAGCAACACUGAGUGCACAAGACGUUGGCGUGGUGAUUGGUGCUCUCCUGGAAGUUGGCAAAAGCACUUCUGUCCCCGAGGCUGCUCCUGGGGGCCCAUCACAGGAGCUGCUUGAUGACGGCGACCACACACCGCAGAGUGAAGAAUGGCUCCCCAGAUUCUGGGAUGCCUACGACGCGCUGGAAGAUAUCGAAUCGCUCAAGGCCGGCCUCCCUACCGCGCAGUUUCUUCACAAAGCCAUAUUCACCACGGGCACCACGAUUCUCAAGAAGAAGCAGAUCUCCCACCUGCGCGCCUUCCGAAUGUGUGUCGUCAAGGAUUCAGCCGAUGCCGCGCUAUUCAACCAUCCGGGGGCCUUGACCAAACUAGCUCUCUGGAUCGGCGAGGCGCUGGCUGAGCAAGAAAAGGACACCACUGGAAAGCUUGCUCAUGGCGGCCGCGGUACGCCGCUGGUAGUGGCCAGCCUGGAUGAGAAGCGCGGCGUAUACGUAGUAGUUGGCACCGGCGGCGGUGGCGGCCCCGACACCGUGUCUGUCGACCGCGAAUCGACCAAGAAGAAGGCCGAAGCCAAGGCGGCCAAGGCGCGGGCGCGAGACGAGCAGCGGCGCAACAAGGAGAAGAUCCGCGCCGAGAAGAAGGCGGCGAGAGCGGAUAACGGCGACGAGGGCGAGACGGAAAGCGAAGAAUCCGACGUCUCGUCGGACUCGGACUCGUCGGAUGACGACGCCGAAGACGACGACGCCUCGCGGGAACGCGGCUACGGCUUGAACAGGUUCGGCACGGCGUUCCAGGACGUCGUGGGCGAGACGAGAGCUCGUGUGCGCAUCGACAGCUUCGAGCACUGCGUCGUCGAGGUCAAGAAGGAGGACCUCGGCGGGUUCCUCGAGAGUCUGAGUAUGAAGGCUGUUGUGGGCUGA